AUUGGAUCGUCCUAAAAAUGAAGAAAGUAGUCUCUCUCAUCUCUUUAUGCCACCUUGUUGUGAUGAAGUUACUACUGCUAUCAAAGACUGUUAUAGCAGAACCAAGGGCCAAGACGGUCCUAGUAACAUGUGGCAAUGUACGAGAGCAUAAUUCUACUAUAUUUGUUCCCAAUUUUGUUGCAACUAUGGAGAAGAUCAGUGAUGAGAUGCGGAAAACUGGCUUUGGCACAGCAGUUGUAGGGACAGGACCUGAUACUAACUAUGGCCUGGCCCAGUGUUAUGGGGAUCUUUCAUUGCUUGACUGUGUAUUGUGCUAUGCUGAGGCACGUACUGUUCUUCCUCAGUGUUACCCUUAUAACUCUGGUCGCAUUUUCCUUGAUGGGUGCUUCAUGAGGGCUGGGAAUUAUAGUUUCUUUAAUGAGUAUACAGGACCAGGAGAACCAAGGGCAGAUUAUUACAACCUCCACCAACUGUCUUAA